UGCGAUUAAUCGUUUGACAGCACUCGUGCUUUCAAAUCAACACAGACAGCAGCAGCAAUAAUAAUCCUAAUAAUAAUAACAACAGUAAGCAAGGUAUCGAAGCAGAGUUUGAGUAAGUGUGAGCGGAGUCAGAUGACUAGCAUUAGCAGCUAACACACACACACACACACACACACACACAGCGGCUUCUCUACGGCGGCUGUUAAACACGUCCCUCAUCCGCACAGUCUCUGUAAACACAGCAGUGUCGUCGGAUCCGGCCAGACGGGCUCAGGCGUGUGUUAGCGCAGAACAGAGCGAAGAUGAUCAAGCUUUUCUCGCUGAAGCAGCAGAAGAAGGACGAGGAGUCUGCGGGAGGAGCGCGAGCCGGAGCCGGCGGGAAGAAGGCGAGCGCGGCCCAGCUGCGGAUACAGAAGGACAUCAACGAGCUGAACCUGCCGAAGACGUGUGAGAUGGUGUUCCCCGACCAGGACGACCUGCUCAGCUUCAAGCUCCUCAUCUCCCCGGACGAGGGUUUCUAUAAAGGUGGGAAAUUUGUCUUCAGUUUUAAGGUGGGACAGGGAUACCCUCACGACCCUCCUAAAGUCAAAUGUGAAACCAUGGUCUAUCACCCCAACAUCGACCUCGAAGGCAACGUCUGUCUCAAUAUUUUGAGAGAAGACUGGAAGCCGGUGUUGACCAUUAACUCCAUCAUAUAUGGACUCCAGUAUCUGUUCCUGGAGCCCAAUCCUGAAGAUCCUCUGAACAAGGAGGCAGCGGAGGUGCUGCAGACCAACCGGGGUCUGUUCGAGCAGAACGUCCAGCGCUCGCUGCGCGGAGGAUACGUGGGAGCCACCUACUUCGAGCGCUGCCUCAAAUAGUCCACGCGGCCGGCCCUCACGUCCCAGAAAGCAUCUGUGGUUUACAUGCGCUGAGACGCACUGACCGCUCACAGACGGGGAUCGCUGCUCACAGAAUCCAGUCAUAUUUAGCCAGUGUGCUGGUACCCACAGAGACUGACCUGCUAAUUUCUCCCUCCUCUCCCAGAGACAGAUCAUUACACUCCUGUUCAUUACCCAGGCUGGAGGACUCAUCCCAACGGCCUCCACUCACACACAUUCAUCUAGUCACUCAUUCUUACGAUCGCCAACCCAGACGUGUGUAGCGUGGCCCUGGACCAACUGUGCUAGCGCUGAGGAACUGACCCGGCCGCAGCUCCAGCAGAUCCACAGGAGAACCCUGAUGUUCGAGUAGUUCUCCUGCUGGGGAUGGGUGGGAAGGGCUUUCUGUACAGUCUUACAGUUCUGUUGUGUAUACUGAAAAAUAACACUUGUUCACCAUGACUGCAAUAUGAAUUAUGUUCAAUAAAGUAUUGACUUGAAUGCCUAC